AUGCCCAGUGCGGACGUUUUCAUGUUGAAGGCCUUUGAGCCCUACUUCGAGAUUUUGGAAGUAUAUUCCACAAAGGCCAAGAAUUACAUAAAUAGUCAUUGCACCAAAUAUGAGCCCUGGCAACUAAUUGCAUGGAGUGUCCUGUGGACCCUGCUGAUAGUCUGGGUAUAUGAGUUUGUCUACCAACCGGAGAGUUUAUGGUCAAGAUUUAAAAAGAAAUGCUUUAAGCUCAUCAGGAAGAUGCCUAUUAUUGGUCGCAAGAUCCAAGAUGAGUUGAACAAGGUCAAGGAUGAUAUUAGCAAGAACCUGUCAUUUCUGCAAGUGGACAAGGAGUAUGUGAAGGUUCUGCCCUCUCAAGGUCUGACCUCGUCUGCAGUUCUGGAAAAGCUCAAGGAGUACAGCUCUAUGGAUGUCUUGUGGCAAGAAGGCCGAGCCUCUGGAGCGGUGUACAGUGGGGAGGAGAAGCUCACUGAGCUCCUCGUGAAGGCUUAUGGAGAUUUUGCAUGGAGUAAUCCCCUGCAUCCAGAUAUCUUCCCAGGACUACGGAAGAUAGAAGCAGAGAUUGUGAGGAUAGCUUGUUCCCUUUUCAAUGGGGGACCAGAUUCCUGUGGAUGUGUGACCUCUGGGGGUACAGAAAGCAUACUGAUGGCCUGCAAAGCUUAUCGGGACCUGGCCUUCGAGAACGGGAUCAGAACUCCAGAAAUUGUGGCCCCCCAGAGUGCCCACGCUGCAUUUGACAAGGCAGCCCAUUAUUUUGGGAUGAAGAUUGUACGGGUUCCACUAAACAAAAAGAUGGAGGUGGAUGUUCGGGCAAUGAGAAGAGCCAUCUCCAGGAACACUGCCAUGCUCGUCUGUUCUACCCCACAGUUCCCUCACGGUGUGAUAGACCCUGUUCCUGAAGUGGCCAAGCUGGCUGUCAAAUACAAAAUACCUCUUCAUGUAGAUGCUUGUCUGGGGGGCUUUCUCAUCGUCUUUAUGGAGAAAGCAGGAUACCCACUGGAGCAACCAUUUGAUUUCCGGGUGAAAGGUGUGACCAGCAUUUCAGCGGAUACUCAUAAGUAUGGCUACGCCCCCAAAGGCUCUUCCGUGGUGUUAUACAGUGACAAGAAGUACAGGAGCUAUCAGUUCUUCGUUGAUCCAGACUGGCAAGGUGGCAUCUACGCUUCCCCAACCAUCGCGGGCUCACGGCCUGGUGGCAUUAGUGCAGCCUGCUGGGCUGCCAUGAUGUACUUUGGUGAGAGCGGCUAUGUUGAAGCUACCAAACAGAUCAUCAAAACUUCUCGCUUCCUCAAGUCAGAACUGGAAAAUAUCAAAGGCAUCUUUGUUUUUGGGGAUCCUCAGAUGUCAGUCAUUGCUCUGGGCUCCCAUGAUUUUGACAUCUACCGACUGUUUAAUCUGAUGACUGCAAAAGGGUGGAACUUGAACCAUCUGCAGUUCCCGUCCAGUAUUCAUUUCUGCGUCACGUUAGUACACACACGGAAGCGAGUAGCCAUACAGUUCCUAAAGGACGUCCGAGAAUCUGUCACUCAAAUCAUGAAGAAUCCUAAAGCAAAGGCCACAGGAAUGGGUGCGGUCUACGGCAUGGCCCAGACCACUGUGGACCGGAACCAGGUGGCGGAACUGUCCUCCAUCUUCCUGGACAGCCUCUACAGCACAGACGCCGUACCUCAGGGCAGCCAGAUGAACGGCUCUCCGAAGCCCUGCUGA